CCUUUAUUGACUAUCAAAAAGGUUUUUCCGCACCCUUCACCCUAUGCCUGACCUGACCCAGGCAAUUCAAUCUCACAUUGAUUAUGUGCUCUAUGAACUUAUUUUUGUUCUUUAUCAAUAAAAAAAUAUUUAAUCGUUCCUUUUCCGACGAAAACUACCAUAAACAGAUAAGUGUACAAAGUGGUUUGUGCCAUGCUGCUGUUUCGAAAGCAGCAGAACUAUGUAUUCAAUCUUACUGCACAGAUAAAUUUUUAAUAUAAACCUUUCUUCUUCUAAUAACAGCUUAGAAGUAAAUCAAGUUGCUUUUUCCUGGCUUCAGCACCACGCGAUGGCUAUAGAACGAUAUGUUCCGGUUGUAGGCGCCGCUUGCUGUCUUAUUAUCACAGGUGCAAGCGUUUUCUAUUUGAUUCUGAAGAGACGGCAAUACAACAAGCGGUAUAGCAAUUUUGUAGACAGUUUUGACCUUGUGAAAUCACUAAGAAGAGAAAAGACGGCAAUCAUAGCCCUUUCUGCUAUCCAGACUAUAACAUGCUUUUACCAACUGAUUCGAAUCGUAACGAAAUCAGAUAUGACAGAAAUAAUCAAUAUAUUGAGUCUGUUGCUUUUAUUGAUUACUUGGUCAGUUCUACUCUUUCUGUCAAUAGUAUCACCUCACUUAAAUCAGUACAAAUACAGAGCGUACUAUCAAAUCUUUACGGUUAUUUUCGGACUCCUAUUCCUUGAUUCACUUGCUGUUAUUACCUUUGGAGAAGCCUCACAAUUCCUAAGUAUAUCUAAUGGUCUAAUAUGUCUGGUGUUGUUCUGUAUUACUGGAUCUACACGACAACCUAUGCAUCCGAGGAACCUUGAAACAGUGAGCUAUGAAAAGCUCGAAAUUAAGGAUGGAAAAGUCUUUCGAAAUGACCUUGCACUAAGCCCUGAAGCUACUGCAAGCAUUUUCUCAUGGGUUUCUUUCCAAUGGAUGAAUCCUCUUGUUGUUUUUGGAUUUCGCAACAUUGUUACACGAGAUAACAUUUACGCUCUUCCUUUUCAACAAGUCUCACGUGCAGCGUAUAAAGAUUUUUCUGCUACCAAAAAGUUCAUAUAUCAUGCAAAGAUUCUUCGACGCAUAUACAGUUGUAAUAAGCAAAUAGUAUGGUAUCAGUUCAUAUUUAGUAUAAGCGCUUGUUUGAUCAGUUAUUUGGGUCCAUUUUUCCAGCAAAAAUUCCUGCAUUACGUUGAGCUGCGAACGAACAGACCACCUAUAGAAACAGCUUAUAUGUAUAUAAUCUGUUUAUUCUUAGUAGGAAUGGCUAAACUUACGUGUGAUAAUAUCCAACUAUAUGUGGGGCGUCGAUUAAAUGUCAGAACGUUGAUAAUGCUCGAUUCCGAAAUAUAUGCAAAGACGUUAAAGAGAAAAGAUAUGACAGGAAAAGUAGUCAAUGACAAUGAUAGUAACAAAAAUGAUAAAACGAAUGCCGCUAGAAAACAAGAAAAAGAAGAGUUGUCUCUCAGUAAUGUGGGCAAGGUCACCAAUUUGAUGAGUGUUGAUGCGGAUAAACUUGCUGACAUACCUUCAUACAUGCAUCUACUAUAUACUGCACCAGUUGAAGUUAUGGUCUGUAUGUUUUACCUUUAUCAACUACUGGGAAACGCGGCUUUGGUUGGUUUAUUGGUUCUGCUUAUAUGCUUUCCCAUCACUGGCUAUUUUACAAGAAAAAUGUCCACAAACUUCACUGCCCUUACAACAGCAAAGGAUAGACGUAAUGAGCUUGUGAAUGAAUUAUUACAGGGCAUUCGGAUGAUUAAAUUUUUCGCGUGGGAAGGCAAUUGGAAAAAGAAAGUGAAUGCUGCUCGUAAUGAAGAAAUGCGUAAAAUCAUCAAGGCGAUUGUGUUCGAAGUGCUUGUCAAUUUACUGUUCGUAGUUGUACCAGUCAUUGUUACCGCAUGUACUUUUGUUUGGUAUACUAAAGUGGACGGCAAAGAGCUUACUGCUAGCGUUGCAUUUGUCAGUAUUACCUUGUUUGAUAUGUUACGAAAUCCGCUCAUUUUUGUUCCAGAAGCUAUAAACACGUUAACGGAAGCUCACGUUAGCUUAAAGCGUAUCUCAAAUUAUUUAGAAGAGCCUGAAAUUGAUGAUAACAUAAACACAGAACUCGUUGAAUGCUUGGCUGGCACUUCCCCUGAAAUGUCUUUGGCACGUGUUGGCUUUGAACAGUCAACAUUUCAGUGGCAUUUGGACAAGUCAAACUUACUAUCUCGUGAUAUUUCAAACCAUAAUAUUUUGGACACCACCAACCCCAUACAGAGCUCUCUAGACUCUUCCUCCACAUUUGAUGGAGUUAGUAGUCAGCAAAGGAAAUUUCAAUUGUUUGUACCCAAAUUUGAUUUUCCUACAGGAAAGCUGACGAUUGUGUGCGGUCCUACAGGAAGUGGUAAAUCUAGUUUCCUCAAUGCUCUUUUAGGCGAAAUGGAUAUAGCCUCUGGAAGAGUCUACCUUCCCUCUCAUACGGUUUUGGCAAAAGACAAUAGUCCCAAGACGGAUCCUAACUUUCCUCAAUUAUACCUCGAUAAAGUAGCUUAUGUUGCUCAACAGCCUUUCCUUCAACACGCUUCUUUACGAGAUAAUAUUCUUUUCGGUUUACCUUACGAUUCUGAACGCUAUAAGAAGACUCUAUAUCAAUGUGCUCUGAUCAAAGAUUUAAUGAUUCUACCUGAUGGUGAUCGCACUGAAAUUGGAGAGAAGGGUAUUUCUCUUUCAGGUGGUCAAAAGCAACGAGUUUCACUUGCUAGAGCAGUUUAUUCUUAUGCAAAAACAGUUCUGUUAGAUGACUGUCUGAGUGCGGUAGAUGCGCAUACAUCGAAACAUAUCUUUAAAAAAUGUUUGACAGGCGAUCUGUUGAAAGGACGUACUGUCAUUCUUGUUACGCAUCAAGUAAAGCUUUGUCUCCCAAGCGCUCACUAUCUUAUUAGAAUAGAAGAUGGAAAUCUGAUUGCUCACGAUACUGUUGAAAACCUUAAAUCCACUGGUAGACUGUACAAACUUGUUGAUGAUAACCCGGAAAACGAUGGCUUAAAUGAGACAAAUGAAGAUGAAAUUGAAGAAAUAAUUGACGACGAAAAAGAAAAAGCAAACAUUGCUAAGCUAGACAUGGAUAGCAAAACGGAUGUAGGAAAGCUUGUAAAAGAAGAAUCAUCUGCCGAAGGACAAGUAGAAAUGAAGGUUUAUACUACAUACUUAUCAGCUUGUGGUGGAUGGCUUUUUUGGUUGUCGCUUAUCUGUACUUUUGCCCUAGCACGAUUUCUUAUCUUCAUUGAGAACUGGUGGUUAAGAAUCUGGGCAGGUGCUUACGACGCACAAUUAAAUUUAGUGGUUACAAAUGGGUUUUCUGCCUCUUCUUAUAGAAUGCUGUCAACAAGAUUACCCAAUGCUCAUACCACGCCGAACACGAUCACUUCUGCAAUUGAGAAACUGAAUAUUUUCCAGCCCUGGGUUUUCUCAGAAACUGAACCUAUUGAUAUCGAUUAUUAUAUCGGUGUGUACGUAGGUAUCUGUUUUGCUUACAUUCUCUUUGAUGUUGGCCGAAAUAUUUUGAUGAACUGGGGCUCUAUACGAGGUGCACGUAUUUUGUUCAGCUCUUUGCUUAAUAGUAUUAUCCAUGCUCCAAUGCGAUUUUUCGAUACGACACCGGUAGGUCGUAUAUUAAACAGAUUUGGCAAAGAUGUUAGUACCAUCGAUUUGCAAUUAGCUUUCUCCGCUAAUAUUCUAAUAGAAUGCAUCACCGGUGUUAUCGCGUCUAUUCUUGUUAUAACUGUCAUUACACCUCAAUUUCUUGUCAUUGCCAUUGGCGUUAGUUGUAUCUAUUUUAUUAUUGGCUUGUUCUAUCUUCGCAUUUCCCGUGAACUCAAGCGCCUAAACUCUGUCAGCCGAUCUCCUAUUUACUCACACUUUACUGAAACACUCAUCGGUGUGACAACAAUAAGAGCUUACGGCAUGGAGGAUCAGUUCAUGAAACAGAUUUAUGGGAAGAUUGAUUCUUACAUUGCUCCUUUUUACUACCUCUGGAUGAGUAAUCGCUGGUUAUAUGCACGAAUAGAGUUUACAGGUGCUUUUGUCGUACUUUUUACUGGCUUAUUCCUAAUUUUGAAUAUUGACCAUAUUGAUGCUGGUAUGGCAGGUAUAUCUCUGUUCUAUGCUCGUAGCUUUUUGGAAAAUAUAUAUUGGUUUAUCCGUCAGUACACAGCCGUAGAAAUGAACCUAAACUCGGUUGAGCGCGUACAAGAAUAUUUGGAGCUCGAUCAAGAACCUCCAGCUAUCAUUGAAGGAAGCCGCCCCCCAGCUGCCUGGCCUACUACUGCAUCCGUUGAAGUAAAAGAUCUCGUCAUUCGAUAUGCUCCAGAGCUAGAGCCGGUUUUGCAUGGCAUUUCCUUUGACAUAAAACCGCAUGAAAAAGUCGGCAUUGUUGGUCGAACGGGUUCAGGAAAAAGUACAUUAGCUCUAAGUUUCUUCCGUUUUUUGGAAGCAAGCAAUGGGUCAAUUUCUAUCGACGGUAUCGAUAUUUCAAGAAUUGGUGUUCAAGAUUUACGCUCAAAAAUAACUAUUAUUCCACAAGACGCGGUUCUUUUCUCUGGUACAAUCCGUUCUAAUUUGGAUCCAUUCGAAGAAUAUUCUGAUGAAGAAAUGUGGGAAUCUUUGGAACGUGCUCAUCUUGUCAAACCUUCAAACAAUGCUAGGUUCGGGCAACAUGGGAAUGGACAGAAUAUACCAGCAUCCUCAAGUACAGACUCAACGAGUGAAGAAAGGAUUUCAUCAGCCAUCAAGAGUUUGACACAACUGGUCAGUGAUGGUGGUAACAACUUUUCUCAAGGGCAGCGUCAAUUGCUUUGUCUGGCUCGUGCUUUACUAAAAAACAGCAAACUUAUUAUUAUGGAUGAAGCUACAGCCAGUGUUGAUUUCGAAACGGACAGUAAAAUUCAAAAAACAAUUCGCGAAGAAUUUGCAAAUUCAACGCUACUUUGCAUUGCCCACCGUUUGCGUACAGUUAUUGAUUACGACCGUGUGCUCGUUUUAGAUCAAGGUACCGUGGCUGAAUUUGAUUCACCUUAUAAUUUGAUCGUCAGGGACAGCGGUGUCGGUAUUUUCAAGUCAAUGUGUGAAAAGUCUGGAGAAAUGGAAGUCUUGGUAAAGAUGGCUACUGAAGCACGUGAAGCUCAACAAGACAAUGAUACCAAUUUUGAUAAUCACAGCCGUGUGUUCUAAUUUAUACAGCUCAUUUAAUGGAAUAACAUCAAAUUAUGCAAAUAUUUCUAACCGUAAAACCAACAGAAUUCAUAAAUUGUAAAUCCCAUCUUUAUUACAUUUGAUAACAGGUCAAUUUAACAUAGAAUAAAAAUGCUAUAUGCAUCAUUUCAACAAUUUUAUCG